UUUGUCUUUGUGUCGUUAUCUUAACCCCGGCGUUGGGUGUGAAAGGUGAGCCGCUUCCUCCGCACAUACUGUAACAUUAAAAGUAUAAAAACUAUGAAACGUCGAUCGUUUCCGUGUCUUUGAACUUGCGGAAGAAGUUUUGAGGAGCCGUUUGGCGCACUGAAAGCUGCAGUUGAUGGUGGAGCGCUAGCGGCGAAGCUAUCCGGAGGUCCAGGAGGCUCCAUGAGACCGAGCAGCGGGCCGAGCCGAGCCCCAGCCCCGUGAAGGAUGCUGCAGGGCCUGUAUGUCGGCCUGGACCGGGACCGGCCCCUCAUCCGGCUGCCCUUCACCAGCUUCGCCGUGGCAACAGUCCUGUUGCCGUUGACCGGCCUCAUCGCCUGCCUCUUCAUCUCGCUGCUAUACCACUUCGAGGACGCCACGUAUACUCACUGCCAGGUGACCAACUACCUCCCAUCCAUCAGCUCCGCCAUCAGCCGCGUCCCAGAGCGCUACAUCUGGCGCAGCUGCAUCGGCCUUCACUCGGCGCCGCGUUACCUGGUGUCCGCAGCCUACUUCAACUUCUACCGCGCCCGCUUUGGCGCUAAGCUGCAGGAGCUGCUGCUGAGCGUGCUGGCGCUCGUCUGCAGCCUCGCCGAGAACACGGGGCUGCUGCUGCUCACAUACGUGUCGUCCACGGAGACCUACAAUGUUCAUAAAAACGGCUUCGUCGUGUUCAUCGGGAGCUCGCUGCUGCACAUGCUUGUCACCUGCUGGCUGUGGCAUGUGAUCAAGAGGCACUACAUCAACCCGGAGGAAGUGACGUCGUACCGGUGGAAGCUGCGUCUCUUCCUCUGCAACAUCAGCUGCUGUGCGGCCGCCGCCUACUUCUUCAGACGCCACAACGAGUACUGCGAGCAGGGAGUCUACACCCUGUUUGCCCUCUUCGAGUACCUGGUGGUCUUCUCCAACAUGUUCUUCCACAUGACUGCCUUCUGGGACUUUGGCAGCACUGAGGUGAUGGUGGCCACGGCGCCGGAGGACAAGAGGUACUGAGGUUCCUCGGUGGCUCGGAUCAGCCUCUCCAGCCCUGCAGGUGGGCGUCGACCAGGGGAUGGACCCACAAACUGAGAGGUUUUAACAGAAGACCAGGUCGUGGCUGGUCCUGGGUUUUUCAAGGCUGCUGACAUCACUGCCCUGUCAGAGGUCACAUGACACAUGACAUCCUCUUCCGCGGACCGAGUGCCUCGGCUUUUGUUUUUACUACCGAUACAACCUCAGACGACGUGAUCGGGAUGGACAUCCAGAGACGAUACGAACCCAACGGGUCUGAACGCGGCUGCAGCAAACAAAACAAAUAAGACUGAAAUGUCCUGCAUCAUUCCACAUGAAAAUAAACACUGAAAGAGGCGGAGCUGGAAAAUA